CGACGAGGUGCCUGGUACUUAAUAGGGUGCAGAUUCUCAUUCCCCACAAGCUCCACCAACGAGUUGCCACUGUCAUUAUGAAGGUCCUCGCUUGUCUCGUUGUAGCUUUCUAUGUUACUGGGAGUGGAUCCACGAAGUUGCCGAAGAAGAUACAGUUUGGGACAUACGUGUUGUAUGACACCAGCCUCAUGAAGAGGAGCACAACUGGCAUAGGAGUGUACACGAAGCGUCUCUUCAAUGCGAUAAAUGCGAGAUUACCAUUCAACGUCACCGAAACGCAGAUUGAACUGGUGUUGGUCGGGAUGAAAGAAGUUGCGGAUAACGCCAUCGUUCGAGACCCUAACGCAUUCGGCUACAUAUCUGGCGUGCCGGAAUCGCUGCAUUUGUAUCUGAAGAAAGAGAGUGAUCAGGACAUACAGAAUGCUGAUAUUCUGCUGUAUAUCAGCGGGGCAAUUCUCAGGGCAGCCAACGUCGAGGGAAAGUAUUACAAGGCCUGGAGUCCAAGCGGCACAAUUUGCACACCCAACAAGGGAGUGGCAGCUGGCUUAUAUAAUCCAGACUUUGACAAGAUGGAAAGUAUCAUGUUCGGCAUUCUCAGACUCCUGGGAAGUGAUGAGAUUGGCGGGGUCGCAGCAAAUCUGAGGACCAAAUCCGAAAGUUGUUUGAGGAAGAAACCGCAAGGUGUGUACAGCAACGUGACCAAGCUUCCAGGACAUGGCCUGGACGGAACCGCCUAUUGCAUAGAGUUUGCAGACAACAACGAUGAGUUCUCCUUAUGCGAGACUCUUAACGAUGGCUGCACCCUAAGUUGCUGUUGGAACAACGAGAAGCGAGAAUUCCGAAGAACUUCAGCGCCAGAUGGCUUCAAAUGCGGGAGUGGAACGGAUAAGAUGUGCUUCAUGGACAAGUGUGUACCACGCAAAUUUCUCAAGAGGAAGGGCUCGAAGAAGACGCCCAGAAAGGCAUAAUUCUUACGCUACACCAGUCAAUAAAAAUGGGUUCCAUCCGCAA